AUGCCUCAUCCAUACCCACAACUAUCGACGCGUCCGCCGGUGAUUCCAGCAGCAACGGCAGCUGUAGCACCACCACAAGCACCACAAAUCGAUGCGACCCGAGCGGAUUCAGAAACACGCAAGAAAAAUCUAAAGCAGUAUCAAAAUCGCGAUGAACACUAUCAGGAAACACUGAACUUGCAGCAUAAACGGCACAUGUCGCUGGCACAUGAAAAGAAGCGCGACAUUGAAUCCAUGCAAUUGGAACGACGAUCGCGGAUGCGUGCUGGUCCUGCCGCUGUGUUUGGACCUGGAUAUUCCGGUUGUGGCAAUGCGCCGACCGGACUGGAAACUCGGAUCAUGUAUCCUAUCGAUCGAAAACGACCAAGGCGGUCACGCGAAUUGGUGCCGAUACGGCUGGAAAUUGAGAUUGAUGGAUAUAAGCUUCGGGAUACCUUUACAUGGAAUAUGAAUGAAACGUUAAUUUCCCCCGAGCAAUUUGCCGAACUUAUGUGUGAAGAUUUGCAACUACCUCCAACGACGUUUGUGCCGAAUAUCGCUAAAGGAAUCAAGGAUCAAGUCGAGGAUUAUUACCUACAUGCCGGAAGCACACGGCGCAGGAAUACAGAGUUACGAAUGUUAGUCAAGUUGGAUAUUACUGUUGGCAAUCGAGCACUGCUAGAUCAGUUUGAAUGGGACAUUGCCUGUCCGCAAAAUAGUGCAGAAAAAUUUGCAGAGAAAUUAACGAAUGAGCUUGGUCUUGGUGGUGAAUUCAGAACGGCAGUUGCACAUUCUAUACGUGAACAAGCCCACAACUAUAUCAAAUCACUGAUAUUGGUGGGUCACGAGUUUAACGGAUCCCCCAUUCUUGACGAUGAUCUACGACAAAGCUUUUUGCCACCACUCCGUUCUAUCAUCCGCGACAACGAUACAGUAGAACGCUUUACACCAGCUAUACUGGAAUUGACCGAUGCUGAGAUUGACAAAGUAGAGAAGGAUCGUAUGCGGGAUGCAAGGCGUAAACGACGACAAGCACGAGGCCGUCGUGGUAUUAUACUACCGGAUCGAGAACCGCUGAAAACGUAUCGCACAGGCGUAGCAUUGCCACCAGAACAAGACAUGACUGACGAGCAAUUUUUGAUGAACGUGGGAAUGGUCAAUGGCAGUGGAGGCCAUAACACCCGAGGAAGCACACCUACAUAUGAGCCCAUGCAUUCGCAACGUCGGAGCGCGCUCAAGGCACGCAUGAAUAUCGCAGCCGAUGCAGCCAGCAAUCAUCACAUGAACCCCAACUCUCCGGCACCAUAUCAACAACAAGGGAUGCAAGGCUUGAUUUCACUCAAUGCAGGGAAUCGAUUUUCAACAAUGACAGACCACACGACACGGCAAACAAGUAAGCAUCAGCAUUCUCUUCUUCUUCUUCUUCUUCUUCUUAGAGUGGAGCAUACAGUGGAAAGCGUAUAA